AAACAAUUGUCUUCCUGCAGCACAAUGAUACUCUACCUCCUGCUUCUUGCAUUUCCUCUGCUGCAAGCUGGACCAUUCUGGGAUGACACUCUGGACUCUGAGUGGGAACAGUGGAAGAGGACCUACCAGAAACAAUAUAAUGGACAGUUCGAUGAGCUAACAAGACGUCUGAUUUGGGAGAAAAACUAUAAAUUAAUCGCUGCCCAUAAUGAGGAACAUCUGCAAGGCCUGCACACCUAUGAUCUGGCCAUGAAUCGUCUAGGAGACAUGACCAGUGAUGAAGUUGUGAAGACAAUGACAGGGCUGAAGGUGCCUGCAAAAAACAGGCCAAGAAACGUCACAGCUGAUGAUGACGAGGAACUAGUACCCCUGCCGGCCUCCGUUGACUAUAGGAAGAAAGGUUACGUCACGCCAGUCCGAAACCAGGGUUCAUGUGGGUCAUGCUGGGCUUUUAGCUCAGUAGGGGCUCUGGAAGGCCAGCUAAAGAAGACAACGGGAAAAUUGGUGGUUCUCAGUCCUCAGAACCUGGUUGACUGUGUAAAGAAGAAUGAUGGAUGUGGAGGAGGUUACAUGACCAAUGCAUUUGAGUACGUGAGGGACAAUAAAGGCAUUGACUCAGAAACAGCCUAUCCAUAUGUUGGAGAGGACCAGACCUGUAACUACACCACAGCAGGCAAAGCUGCUAAAUGUAAAUCCUACAAAGAAGUCCUGGAGGGCAGUGAGAAGGCGCUGAAGAAGGCAGUAGGCACGGUUGGGCCUAUCUCAGUGGGCAUAGAUGCCAGUUUGUCCACCUUUCAGUUUUACAAUAAAGGCAUAUAUUAUGACCCAGAAUGUAAUGCGGAAGCUAUUAACCAUGCUGUGCUUGCUGUCGGCUAUGGAGUCCAGAAGAAAUCCAAGUACUGGAUUGUCAAGAACAGCUGGGGCGAGGAUUGGGGUGAUAAAGGCUACAUCCUAAUGGCCAAAGACAAGAAGAAUGCUUGUGGCAUCGCCAACCUCGCCAGCUACCCCCUGAUGUGA